GAAUUAUGCCGUCAAAUAUAGAAACUGCACAUGAAACUCCAUAUAAACGCAACUGACCGUUAUUCCGUUAAAUAGCUUGCAUAUGCACUUCAAUCAUCCACAAACCUAUGCCCAUUCCAUACGCUUUCUUCUUCUAAACCCUAACCCUAAUCUCAUCCCCCAAUCCCUUCAAUUUCAUUGCUUUAACCCCAAGUAAGCAACAACAUACAUAUACAUGCGUAUUGCACCAAUACAACGACAUUGUUGCCUAAUUUGUCACCAAAGCCCUAAGUUUCACGAACCAAUUGGUGACAAAUAUGAACUCCAUGGAAGCAAAGACGAAGAAAAGAAGCUUGCUUGCUGGAGAGAAGUCAUACGAGGGUAAAAGAAGUAAACAAGACGAUUGGAAGCUUGUGCAUAAGAAAUAUGGAGAUGGGAUUGCUUGGUCCAGAGGUGCAAUGAUAGGUAAGGGAAGUUUCGGGUCUGUUUUUCUAGCGAAUUUGAAGAAACCCAAAUCGAAAUACAGCUAUUAUCCACCGAUUAUGGCUGUGAAAUCGGCGGAGGUCUCUGCUUCUGGUUCAAUCCAAAAGGAGAAAGAAGUUAUGGAUAACAUUCGUGGGUGUCCUAACGUGAUAAAAUGUUUUGGCGACGAGAUUACAAACGGAGAAGAUGGUCAAAUGGUGUACAACUUGUUGUUGGAGUAUGGCUCCGGUGGAACCCUAGCUGACCUAAUCAAGAAAUCCGGUAAAAGCUUGCCGGAAGUUGACGUCAGACGCUACACCAGGUCAAUUCUACGUGGGUUAACUCACAUUCACAAGAAAGGGUACGUUCAUUGUGACCUAAAACCUGAAAACGUAUUGCUUGUAGCCAAUUCAAGAGAUGGUUUCACUGCUAAAAUUGGGGAUUUGGGAUUGGCAAAACGAGCAAAACAGAGCAAGAAGAACAAGUUGGGUCCUUACUGGAGAGGCACCCCAAUGUACUUAUCACCUGAAACUGUUGUUAAUGGUGUUCAAGAGCCUCCUUCUGAUGUUUGGGCAGUUGGUUGUAUUGUGUUUGAGAUGUUGACUGGAAAACCGCUUUGGUUUUCUGAAAAAGAUUUGACAGUUGAUGAGAUUUUGAGUCGUAUUAGUGAUGAUGAAAAUGAGUUGCCAUGUGUUUCCAGCAGUAUAUCUACAGAUGGAAGGAGUUUCUUGAAGGGUUGUUUGUCUAGAAAGGUUAUGUGUAGAUUAAGGUCUAAUAUGCUGUUAAAUCAUCCAUUUGUAAAAGGUUUACUUGAUGACAAUGUCAAUGAGGUUGACAAAUCACAGAAAGAAGUUUUUGACAUAAACAACAUCACCUCAUCACUAGCUUUCUCCCAUGAUGAUGAUGAUGAUGAUGAUGAUGAUGGUGAGUUAUGGUCUUCUUCAUUUACAGAUGGAUCAAGCUAUGAUGGUCUAUCUUCAUGGUCAGAAGGAGAUGUGAACGCCAUUAAAAGUGAAGAAAGUAGAAGAUUCCAUCAAGUACAAAAAUAUCCGAUUACAUUAACUGUUUCCAAGGGAGUUUAGCAAGAUUUAUUGUUAGAUAUUCUUAUACGUGUUAUGUACAAAAUAUGUAACAUUGUAGAAAAUUUAAUUAAUUCUUUCAUUGAUAUAAAAGGAAACAUUUUUUAGUCA